GCGUUUCCUAGGAAGUAGACGUUACACACGCUUUGCUGUCGAUUGUGGAGUGCAUCUUAACACAAUGGAAGUCAAUAGAAAGGGCAACAGCUUCCUCAUAACCGGCGGAGGAGGCUAUUUUGGAUUCCGCCUCGCCUGCGCUCUCCUCAAAACCUCCUCUAAUGUUGUCCUGUUUGAUGUGAGUCCGCCAAUCCAAGAUCUCCCCGAGGGUCUGAUAUUCAUGCAAGCAGACAUCCGGGAUUACGCACAGGUAGAAAAAGCUGUUCGUGGCGCUCACUGCGUGUUCCACAUCGCCUCCUAUGGGAUGUCAGGACGGGAACAGCUCAAUCGCAAACUCAUCGAAGAAGUGAACGUCAAGGGUACAGAGAACAUCCUGCAGGCCUGCGUGGCACACGGCGUCCCGCGACUGAUCUACACGAGCACAUUUAACGUAGUAUUCGGAGGUCAGGAGAUUAAGAAUGGAGAUGAAAGCCUCCCUUAUUUGCCUUUGCACCUGCAUCCUGAUCACUACUCCAGAACUAAGUCCAUAGCAGAAAUGAAGGUAUUAAAAGCCAACAAUUCGGCGCUAAAUAAAACCACAGGUGUCCUCAGAACUUGCGCACUGCGUCCUGCUGGAAUAUAUGGGCCUGGGGAGCAAAGACACCUUCCUAGGAUUGUUAGUUAUAUUGAGAACGGGAUUUUCAGAUUUGUGUAUGGUGAUCCUGAUAGUCUUGUGGAGUUUGUUCAUGUGGAUAAUCUAGUCUCCGCGCAUCUGUUAGCUGCUGAUGCGUUAUCUGAAAAAAAGCAGUACCGUGCCGCCGGACAGGCUUAUUUUAUAUCCGACGGAAGGCCUGUGAAUAAUUUUGAGUUUUUCAGACCUUUGGUGGAGGGUUUGGGAUAUUCGUUCCCCACUCUCCGACUGCCUUUAUCGAUGAUAUACUUCUUUGCAUUCCUAACGGAGAUGGUUCAUUUCGUUGUGGGUCGGAUUUAUAACUUCCAGCCGCUGCUGACCCGUACUGAGGUCUACAAGACUGGCGUCACGCACUAUUUCAGUAUGCGUAAGGCUCGGGAGGAGCUGGGAUACGAGCCUAAACUGUAUGACCUGGAAGAUGUUGUGCAAUGGUUUCGAGCCAGAGGUCACGGGAAAAAGCGCAGCCGGUCGUCAAUUAGGAAACUAAUUUUAGAUGUUUUCGUGGUGGUUGCAUUCGUAGCUGUGCUUCUCUCCUGCCUUCCGGUUGUGGGACAGUAAAAUGCAUGGUUUUAGUGUAGUGCUGUGCCUCAUGUGAGGUUUAUACUGAUUUGAUUUGUUAGUUUUAAAAUCAUUUAUGUUCAUAUAAGGGAUUUUAUACUAUAUAUGCUGGUAAAUUAUGUUUUAAUUAUGGUUUAUAAAAAACAGCAUCAUGUCUUGUUGUUGUUUUUUUGCUUAUUUUAGUAUCUGCUUAUUGUGCAAAAUAAAAAAACACACAAUAUAGAAAACAAUACCUGACUGGUGAAACAAAUGUGCUAUAUAUGUGAUGUAAAUGAAUAUAACAUCAAUAAUAUUUAAUAAAAUUGAUAUUUAAUAAGAUAAAUAUAUAAAUGUUAAUAUUUUAAGAUAUUUAUUCAGCUCACCUGGCUCAUAAAUAUACAUUUAUUUAUUUUAUAUCCAUAUAUACCCCUCAGUCUAUCUUUUAAGUUCAUAUUUUUAAUAAGAAGCUCUACGGUAUUAUAUUUGUGCAUAUGCAUUAGAUUAGUCAGUACUGAAGCCAAAUCUGGAGCUAAUCUAUCAAAAUAACUCACGAUAACGGUCCAAAAACUAGUACAGCCAAAUUUAUAUUUUAUAAAAGAUAUUAAAUGCAAAUUUUAAAAAAGAGGAAAAAUCAAGAGAAGCAAAAAAAAAAAACGACAAAUUAUUUGAAAUUUUGUAAGUUGUAAUGUUUUUUUGCAAUAUUUUUCUUGAAUUUAUUUGUAUUAUCUUUCCAUAUUAUUCUAAAUAUGUUUGAUGACUAAAAUGAAAUUUUA